GAGUGAGGCCGUGCUGCCUCUCUGAGUUAACUUUUUAAUCCGAGUUUUGAUGCUUUAUCUCAGUCUGGAGGAGGAGGCGGGGGAGCUGGCGGGAAGAGUCGGAGACAACAAGUCCGUCAUGGUGUGAGGUUAAGAGCCGGAGCCGUUGCGUUUCAGUCUGUAUUGCGCUGAGAAGAAGGAAGAACAGGGACCGAGAAGACCGAGAACUGCACAGGGGGGUCCAAGAUGCAGCCGGCCGCGGUGCUGUGGGGCGCCCUCGCAACUUUGUUCCUCAGCCAGAGUCCAGGUGUUCAGGCCAGUGCUGAGUGUGUGUGUGGGAAAAACCACUUCACAUGUUCGGUCAGCGCGUUCGGAGAGUGUACCUGCAUUCCUGCGCAGUGGCAGUGCGACGGUGACAACGACUGUGGCGACCACAGCGAUGAGGACGGAUGCAUGCUCCCCACCUGCUCACCGCUGGACUUUCACUGCGACAAUGGCAAAUGCAUACGACGCUCCUGGGUCUGUGACGGAGACAACGACUGUGAGGAUGACUCGGACGAGCAAGACUGCCCUCCCAGAGAGUGUGAAGAGGACGAGUUUCAGUGUCAGAAUGGUUACUGUAUCCGCAGCCUCUGGCACUGUGACGGGGACAAUGACUGCGGUGAUAACAGUGAUGAACAGUGUGAUAUGCGUAAAUGCUCAGAUAAGGAGUUCCGCUGCACGGAUGGGAGCUGCAUCGCUGAGCACUGGUACUGCGACGGAGACACGGACUGUAAAGAUGGGUCCGAUGAGGAGAAUUGUCCGUCAGAUGUGAUGACAGCCACCUGCAACGCCGAGGAAUUCCAGUGUGCUUACGGCCGCUGCAUCCUCGACAUCUACCACUGUGACGGCGAUGACGACUGCGGGGACUGGUCCGACGAGUCCGACUGCUCCUCCCAUCAGCCCUGCAGGUCGGUGGAGUUCAUGUGCAGCAGUGGGAUGUGCAUCAACGCUGGCUGGAGAUGUGACGGAGAGUACGACUGUGAUGACCAGUCAGACGAGCAGAACUGCACAACACCCAUGUGCACGGCGGACCAGUUCCUCUGUGGAACGGGUCGUUGUGUUCGGUUGUCGUGGCGAUGCGAUGCGGAGGAUGACUGUACGGAUCGCAGCGAUGAAGAUGGCUGUGAGAAAACUGAGAGUCCGCCUUGUGCUCCUGAUCAGUUCCAGUGUGGAAACGGGCGUUGCAUCGGCCAGAGGAAGGUGUGCAACGAGGUCAACGACUGUGGUGACGGGACGGAUGAACACCCUCACCACGACUGCCGCCCCCGCUCCAGCGACGGCAACUGUAACCAGAACAACGGGGGCUGCUCGCAGAAGUGUCAGAUGCUGCGAGGUCUGGUCCAGUGCACCUGCCACACUGGAUACCGACUGCUGGAAGACAGCAAAUCCUGCCAGGAUGUGGACGAGUGUGCUGAAGAAGGUUACUGCAGCCAGGGCUGUACCAACACGGAGGGGGGGUUCCAGUGCUGGUGCGUCCAGGGCUACGAGCUCCGGCCUGACAAGCGCAGCUGCAAAGCUCUGGGUCCGGAGCCUGUGCUGCUGUUUGCUAACCGCAUUGACAUUCGCCAAGUUUUGCCACAUCGCUCCGAGUACACGCUGUUGCUCAACAACCUGGAGAACGCCAUCGCGCUGGACUUCCACCACAACCUGGAGCUCGUGUUUUGGUCCGACGUGACGCUGGACCGCAUCAUGAAGGCCAACUUGAACGGCUCAAACGUGGAGGAGGUGGUCUCCACGGGUCUGGAGAGCCCAGGCGGAUUGGCCAUAGACUGGAUCCACGAUAAGCUUUACUGGACUGACUCUGGGACUUCCCGCAUCGAGGUGGCCAAUUUGGACGGGACACACCGCAAAGUGCUGCUGUGGCAGAACAUGGAGAAACCCAGAGCCAUUGCACUGCACCCUAUAGAAGGAAAGAUCUACUGGACGGACUGGGGAAACACACCUCGCAUCGAGUACGCCAACAUGGACGGCUCCAACCGGCGGGUCAUUGCCGAUACACAUCUGUUCUGGCCCAACGGGCUCACCAUCGAUUACGCCGGCCGCCGCAUCUACUGGGUGGACGCCAAGCACCACGUCAUUGAGAGAGCCGAUCUGGAUGGCCGCAACCGCAAGGCUGUCAUCAGUCAAGGUCUUCCUCACCCGUUUGCCAUCACGGUUUUUGAAGACAGCCUCUACUGGACGGACUGGCACACCAAAAGCAUCAACAGCGCCAACAAGUUCACUGGCAAGAACCAGGAGAUUAUCCGAAACAAGCUGCACUUCCCCAUGGACAUCCACACCUUGCAUCCGCAGAGACAGCCAGCCGGUGGCAGGAACCGCUGUGGCGCCGACAACGGAGGUUGCAGCCACCUGUGUCUCCCCAGCAACAAAUCUUUCACCUGCGCUUGUCCCACCGGCUUUAGGAAGGUGGACCACUUCAACUGUUCCAACAGUCUUGACAAGUUCCUGCUUUUUGCCCGAAGGACGGACAUCCGACGAAUCAGCUUUGAUACCGAGGACAUGUCCGAUGAUGUCAUUCCUCUGGCUGAUGUGCGCAAUUCCGUGGCGCUGGACUGGGAUGCCAAAGACAGUUACAUCUACUGGACAGAUGUCACUACCGACUCCAUCAACAGAGCUCUAUGGAACGGCACCAAACAGGAGGUGGUGGUGGACACCAGCCUGGAAAGCCCAGCCGGUUUGGCAAUUGAUUGGGUGACCAACAAACUCUAUUGGACUGAUGCUGGUACAGAUCGUAUUGAAGUCUCCAAUGCUGAUGGGAGCAUGCGCACCGUUCUGAUCUGGGAGAACUUGGACCGGCCCAGAGACAUUGUUGUUGACCCAGUUGGAGGGUUUAUGUACUGGACUGACUGGGGCGCCAACCCAAAGAUUGAGCGGGCAGGAAUGGAUGCUUCCAGCCGCAUCGUCAUCAUCUCCUCCAAUCUAACAUGGCCCAAUGGCCUGGCUAUUGACUAUGAGACCAAGCGCCUGUACUGGGCCGAUGCUGGCAUGAAAACUAUCGAAUUUGGAAACUUUGAUGGCUCCGAUCGGCAGGUUUUGAUUGGCAGCCAGCUGCCCCACCCUUUUGGCCUCACUGUGCAUGAGGACAAGCUGUACUGGACAGACUGGCAGUCCAAGAGCAUCCAAAGCGCUGACAAGCUCACGGGCCUGGGUCGACAGACGCUGGCAGAGAACCUGGAGAAUCUCAUGGACAUUCACAUGUUCCAUCGACACCGCCAGACAGUGCACAACCCCUGUGCAGUGGAUAACGGAGGCUGCAGCCACCUGUGUCUCCUGGCCCCUGCUCCCAAAGCAUUCAGCUGUGGCUGCCCCACAGGGGUCAACCUGCAGAUGGACGGGAAGACUUGCACACCUGGAAUGAACAGCUUCCUCAUCUUCGCGCGGCGGACGGACAUCAGGAUGGUUUCUCUGGACAUACCCUACUUUGCCGAUGUGGUCCUGCCCGUCAACACCUCCAUGAAAAACACUAUAGCCAUCGGGGCCGACCCAAAAGAAGGAAAAGUGUAUUGGUCUGACAGUACACUGAAGAAAAUCAGCAGAGCUAAUAUCAAUGGAACGGGACAUGAAGACAUCAUAGCUACAGGGUUGAUGACCACGGAUGGGUUAGCAGUGGACGCUGUUGGCAGGAAGAUCUACUGGACGGACACAGGAACUAACCGCAUUGAGGUGGCCAACUUGGAUGGCUCCAUGAGGAAAGUUCUCAUUUGGCAAAACCUCGACAGUCCCCGAGCGAUCGCACUUUAUCACGAGAUGGGUUACGUCUACUGGACAGACUGGGGAGAGCACGCUAAGCUGGAGCGCUCAGCGAUGGACGGGUCAGACCGAGCGGUUCUCAUAAACAACAACCUGGGGUGGCCUAAUGGUCUGGCUAUAGAUAUAGCCGGAUCCCAGUUACUGUGGGCUGACGCUCACACUGAGCGCAUCGAAGCAUCUGACCUUAACGGGCUGAAUCGCCACACCCUCGUGACCCCGGUUCAGCACCCCUACGGGUUAACCCUCAUGGGCUCCUAUAUCUACUGGACGGACUGGCAGAGUCGCAGCAUCCAGAGGGCCGACAAGAACACAGGAGCCAACACCAUCACAGUACGGGCCAACCUGCCCGGUUUGAUGGACAUCCAGGCUGUAGACCGAGAGAGGCCUUUAGGUUUCAACAAGUGCAGCAGGAGGAACGGAGGUUGCACCCAUCUCUGUUUACCUCGUCCCAACGGCACGUCCUGCGCCUGUCCCACUGGCAUCCUCCUGAAAGGGGAUGGCAGGUCAUGCGAUGACUCCCCAGAGACGUAUCUGCUCUUUUCCAACCGCGUCAGCGUACGCAGGAUCUCCCUGGACACGGACGACUUCACCGACGUGCACGUCCACGUGCCUGAGCUGCACAACGUCAUCUCGCUGGACUACGACAGCGUGGACGGAAAACUGUAUUACACUGACGUGACUCUGGAUGUUAUCAGACGUUCAAACUUAGACGGCAGCGGGAUGGAAACUGUGAUCAGCCAGGGCCUGAAGACCACAGACGGGCUGGCUGUGGACUGGGUAUCCAGAAACAUGUACUGGACUGACACCGGCCGCAACACGAUCGAGGUGGCUCGCCUGGAUGGCACCUGCCGCAAAGUUCUGGUGAACAAUACUCUGGAUGAACCACGAGCCAUUGCUGUGUUCCCGAGUAAAGGGUUUCUUUUCUGGACCGACUGGGGGCACAUUCCAAAGAUUGAGCGGUCCUACUUGGACGGUUCUGACCGAAAAGUGUUGAUCAACACCGACCUGGGAUGGCCAAAUGGUCUGACCCUGGACUACGACACGCGAAGGAUCUUCUGGGUUGACGCCCACUUGGACAGGAUUGAGAGUUCCGACCUGAACGGGAAACUGCGUCAGAUCCUUGUCAGUCCGGUGUCCCACCCGUUUGCCCUCACGCAGUUGAAGCCGGUGUCCUCCCCUCUAACUCGUUUCUCCCGACUCUCACAGCAAGACCGCUGGAUCUACUGGACGGACUGGCAGACAAAGUCCAUCCAGAGGGUGGACAAGCACAGUGGCCGAAACAAAGAAACGGUGCUGGCCAAUGUGGAGGGCCUCAUGGACAUUAUAGUGGUAUCUCCUCACAGACAGACAGGAACAAACCUCUGUGGGAUUAACAACGGUGGCUGCACCCACCUCUGCUUCGCCAAGUCCCACAGUUUUGUGUGCGCCUGUCCAGAUGAACCGGACGCCCGGCCCUGCUCCACCAUUUCAGGUUACAUCCCCACCUUCCCUACCAGAGGUGCCAGCAGCACCCCCGUUCCCAAAAUACCCAAAGCUCCGACAGACACCUCCCACAGAGGAGCACUGCCCGUCAACUGCACGGACAAGAACAUGCUGUCGGAGGGCUGCUUGAACACAGUGGUUACUGCGCCUCAAGCUGAAGGCCUCCAUAUCAGCUAUGUGAUUGGUGGACUCCUGACCAUUCUGACCAUCCUGAUCAUCAUUGCUGCAUUUAUUAUUUACAGACACAAAAAGUCCAAGUUUGCAGACCCAGGAGUGAGCAAUCUAACUUAUAGUAACCCUUCCUACCGAACAUCCACACAGGAGGUGAAGAUCGAAGCCUCGCAGAAACCUCCUAUUUACAACCAGCUGAGAUACAAGAAAGAGGGUGGAGUCGAUGGAAGCUACACCAAGGAGAAGAUCCGCAUCGUGGAGGGAGUGUGCCUCCUGUCCAACGACGAGCUUUACUGGGACGACCUGAAACAAAUCAAGCCCUCCCGAGGCGGCCUGCACACCUGCAUGCGCACCGACACCGUGUCCCUGCAGGCCAGCAGCGCCUCGCUGGACGACGGCGAGACGGAGCAGCUCCUCCAGGAGGAGGCCUCCGAGUGCUCCUCCAUAACCACCCUGACCCCCUCAGCCGUGACCCCCCAGCGCCACGUCCAGCACAGCCUGCCCGACACCGGCUGGGCCUCAAUACGCAAGCCUUCCACUGAGAGCGAAGUGUGAUAGGCCCCUCCCCCGCCCUCUGUGCUUUAUAUCAACCACCAUUACCUGACACACACACACAUGCAUUUAGAGUGGCUGCAGGUACACAAGUGAAUAGAUGCAGUAACAGGUGCAAACUAAUAACACACAUCCAUCAAUAAGCUUGACAGAAAGGAACCUGAAACCGGGGCUCCGUCCUACAUGCAGCGCAGACCUUCAGAAGCCCCGCCUCUGCUGCAGCUGACGAACUGGAAGCAAAUAAAAGUGAAGCUUCAGGGAGACGAGCCCAGAGGGGAACUGCUGAAGCUGCAGGGACAAACGCUUCUGUAUGUACAACCCUACGUGUUCAUGUGGACUCUUCAGGACGAAGCUCCGCCCACACAGUAUAACCACAGCGCUUUCUGUAACGCCACUCUCUAUGAACUCUAUUUAUGGACUUUUUUUCUUUUUUGUACUUAUUGAGUGGGUUUGUUGACUCUCAGAGAAUGAUGUUGAGAAUGACGUCUGUGCAGCAGGACCCGGUCGUAUUUAUGACAGUGCUGAAAGGUGGGCAUUCAGAGCCUCCGUACUUCCCUCUCCGUUCACACCUGCAAAGAGAUCUGUCACCAUCAUCAUCACCAUCAUCAUCGUCUUAAAGACCCACUCCCUUCAGCUUUCCAUCCACUGGUCUUUUGGUUAGGAUCAGUGAUGGGAAUCUUUACUUUUAUUUAUCAAAAAAAAAACCUCCAACAAGCUAUAUAUAGAUAUUAAAAUUAACUUCACAUAAACUGGACAUAAAAGGUUUUAAAUAUCAACUUUUUUUAAGUUAUCCUAAAUGUUGUUUAAACAAACAAAAUAGUUUUAAUCACAGUAAUAGAGUCGAAAAUUAAAAUGCAAAACAUCAACAAGAAUAAUUAACAAUAAUGAAGUAACAAUAUCUCUCCUGCACUCAUUCUUUUUUAUUAUACUGGAUCUUAACCUGAACUUUAACAUUGACAUUUAGAAUGAUUAAAACUGCAACAAUAUAAAUAAUAUUAGGAGAAAAACAAAAUUAACACACGAAUACCAGUCAGCUACACAAUGAUUUCGACAACAUACUUCACAGUAUUUGUGUUCAGUUCUGUGUGAGUUACUGAGCCCUAAAGUCCAGUUUGUCUGGUUUUAAUGGAGCUGCUUUUGUCACUGGAACACACAAAAAAAGGAUGAGACUUUAGACAGUCAGUCACUGUUUUUGUACAUGAGUUUGAUGUAAACAUUUGUCCAUUUCGUUUCGAAGAAACUAAAAUUGUGUUGAUAUUUCCACCCUGAGAAUUUGACCUCUACCACUGACACCUCUGGGGCAUGCCCCGCCCACUUGACUCCCUAGCCAAUCAUGAUCUCUCCCCACACACACACACACACACACACACACACUGCUUCACAUAGAAGACGCAUGUGCUAAACCCAAGCGAUCGCGGCUGAUUAAACCAACACCAAUAAACUAAAGUAACGCACCAGGAUUUGCAUUUAGUAACUAACAGUGUUGUAGCAGGUGUAAAAUAAUUAGUUUCAUUACUCUGUUACUGAACUUCUCACACCGUUAACACAGUUAUACUUCAACGGCGUUACUCUCAACACUGAUUAGGAUUAAGACAUUUUUUGCUUCUGCAGUGUGGCAGUACAGUAGGAAUCCACGAAUAUGGAGAACCCCCCUCAUCUAAAACACUUCUGAUCAUGCUUUGUAAAACAUUUAUUAAAGAAAAUGGAAGUAUUGCUAAACACAAAGAGUUUCUAUUUGAUUCAGAACAAAAGACUGUACUGCAGCAACGGCGUACUUUAUGACACAGAUGAGGAGUGUCUCUCUGUGCCCUAAAAUCCUCCUAAAAAAUAAACACCUGCUGCAGAUGAUAAUUAUCUUCCGCACUUGUGUUCUUCAGCAUAUCAGUAUAUUUUUCAGCCGCUUCUGAGUCGGCUGAUGCAGGGACAUGGACAGAGGGGGGUGGGGGGUGCUCCUAUUGCGGACUGAGAAAAAAUCAGCAAAUAAAGAAACCAAAUUACCGGGGAAACACUGCAGUUUAUUCAAAAUGUAUCUUUCCGUUGUGGGCGGGACCAGCGCAGAGUAACCCCGCCCCCUUACCCGUCACCUAUGACUGAGAGCUCUUCGUUUACGCACUCUUCUGCUAGCUUACAGCCCCUCACACCCCCAACUUAACAUCACCGGUGCAACAAAAAUGAUGGAGCUUUCUAGCCGUACAGUUUUAAUCCAGAUGCAGCUCAGACGAGCUUGCAAAAGGAUUCAUACCCUAUUUUCUCACAUUAUGACCACAAACAUAAAUGUAUUUUAUUGGAAUUUUAGGUGAAAGACCAACUCAAAGUGGCACACAGUUGUGAAUUUUUUUAUAUAGUGUUCAAAAGGCAAUUUUGCGCUUAAUUUUCCUUAUUUAUGUCCACUGACAUUAGGAAAAAUGAAUGUUAAUAACACCAUCUUCAUCGGAGUGGGUCUUUAACUCUCCGUACGUGCCAUUACAAUGAUGUCUGCUUUUAUUCCUCGUUUUGCAGUCACCAAAUACUCAUUUACUGUAGCAGGUCUUCUCAGAUGCAAGCUAUGUCACUGCUGAUCCAACAGAAAAGCCUUGACGACAUAACAGCCUAAGUGCCAAACAUGUUCGUUUUUCCUCCUUUUCACUUUGAUAUUUAUUUAUAUCGCGAUAUUUAUCUCACUUCCUGCUGUUCAGCCGAGCAGACGGUUCUAAUACAGGUGUGUGAUUAUCUGUGCCAGCACUUAGAAUCAAAAGCGCUCAUUAAGUGUUUGUUUUUUCAUAUGUAUACCUGACAAACCACACCUUUUCUUUCCAACUUUUAGUUGUUGACCUUUCUAUCAGCUCUUACGUUGGGGCAGAUUGAACUUCAGUUUGAUCCGACUAUGCACGUGCAGGAAGGAAAGUCUGCUCGGCCCGAUGCUGCUAGAGGUAAACGACAACAAAAGGUCAGACCAGAUCCAUACAGGUGACAGUUGCACCACAACCUGACCCGGAAAAUGUGCAUUUGAUCCUGACAGACGGUGAAACCCCUCGCUGACGGCAUACUCACAAAUAACCUUAGCUCUAGUCGUAACUUUGGUGUACAUUUCUGUAACUGUAAAGUAGCAUUUUUUGCUGUUAAAAUGCAAUACAGGGAAAUAUUAUCUUGCUACACUGACAAAUAUAUCUGUAAGACCGAACGGAACCAUGUAUUUUGAAGUAUCUGCUACAACUUGCUGAUUUGCUGCUAGACAACGCACUGAGACGAAUAACAGAGGGUCCUGGUAGCGACAUCACUUUAUGAUAAUGUACCCUUUAUUAACGUUAGUUCAUGCAGAAUUAAGCAUUAUUUAAAGAACUCUUAAAUUAAUUAAAUAAGUAUCCAUUAAUUAGCAUUAAUAAAGGGUGCUCUACUCUAAAGUGUUAGUAACUGGAUUGACAGCAGAGAGUAAACUCCCAACUCCCGCUCACUCCACCUCUGCUGCAGGAAUCCUGGAACUGUUCCGGCUUUAUCACACGGAAAUAAGAAUGAUUUUGUUAAUACUGCGAGUUGUAUAUUCUUUUGUACAAAGGGAUUUCUUGGACAUUUUUAGACUUGUAUUAAUUUUACUCACUGGAGAAAAAAAAAAACAUCUUUUUUUUUGGAUUCUUGUAACCACUGUGUUUUCAAGCUUUUUGUAAAUGAUAGGGAAAAUGCCAGUUAUUUAAUAGUUCUCUUUCAUCUUGUGAAAUCCUGGUCACAUAUAGCUGUUGUAAAGUUAACAAAAAAAGAGAUAUUUAUAAAGUUUUUUUUUUUUUU